AUGUUCCGGCGCUUGCCCCAGACUCUGCCGGCGGAUCCGUCCUUCCCCGCGGAUCUGGCGCAGCUCGGGUUCUUCGUUAAUGACAAUGACCAGAUCCGGCAGAUCAAGAACCCCGCGCAGAAGUUCCAGUACAAGAUGAAUGCGAAUGAGAGGGUCAAUCAGGCUUACAAGUUUGCUAGCAAUUUGGCCACCCGCAAGAUCAUUUUAGAUCGACUACACGCUCUAGGCCUCGAGACGGUCAGACUACCGCUGGGCGCCGGACCAACCGACAAGCACGUCCCGAUCUUAGUCUCCAAGGACAUCGGCAGCAAGGACCGCGUGGUCGUGUUCCUGGGCGAGCGGCAGAUGGAGCCCGGCGUGCUAUCGUGGCGGGUGAUUGGCGACACGGGCAUCAGACAUGGCAGCAUGGUGGAUUUUGUCGACGCCGCGCUGAACGGGCCAACAGCGACGGCUGAGCAGAAGUCUCCCGGGAUUGUGAUUGCCAAUCCGUGUCAGCUUUUGUGGUUCAGGGGAGGAGCACGGGCGGUGAGUGAUGGUGAGUGGAUGGAUAUGCCGAGGCCGAACGGGGUGAGCGAGGCCUUGAGGCAGGAUAAGGAGGUGAAUCGCGUCGAGCACAAUCGAGACUACAGCCAACACGUCCAAUACAUCUUCAGUCAUGUGCUGCGGGAGCUGGUGAGCAAAGAUGCAAAGAUCGAUGUCAUUGGCCUCGAAUACGCGGCGGGUGCGGCAUUGGAAUACCUUGCCGGGCACUGGAGCGACUGGGCCGGCCGUAUCACGGGCAUCUGCCUCGCCAACGCACAGUACAAGAUGGAAGACCUGGUGCAGGGCGGCGCACCUCCGGAAUUUGUGGCCUUCGUCUCCAAGCGGUGUCGAGCCUACAGUGUCUCUCCCUCGCCGCUCGAAGCCCCCGUUUCUGGACGAGAGAGGUUAGGCUGCAAUUGCUACGCGAGUGGAGAACACGACUAUCAUGAGAAUGUGGUUGUUAAAGCCUGGAGGAGCAUGCUGGACUGGUUCAAUAUCUUGUAUGCCAACCCGGGGCAUGAGGAGGUCGAGUUCAUCUACAUCGAGGAAGGAGAGGAUGAGCAGGGGAAGAUGGUCUGGUCGAAGGAGGAGGCUGAGGCUGCAAUUGCGGAGCAGGUAAAUGGGGAUGAUGAAGGGAAUGGCCAGAGAUAG